AACGGUGCACCGUUAUAAUGACAGAUGCUUGUCAAAUUGGAAUAAAUUAGUUAUUAUUUGACUUUAAAAUGCUUCUAGACAACCAGAAGAUGGCUGCUAACAUCCAGUUUGAGAGAUGGACAGCCGACCAAGUUGCAGAAUGGUUACGAGGUCUGGAUAUGGAUGAUGCCAUGAUUCCAUACAUGCACUAUUUCCUCAACAGUGGAGUGGAUGGCAAGAAGUUGAUGUUAAUGACGCAUGCUGAUUUGGAGAAAUUAAACGUGACAAAGUUUGGUCACCAAGAGCUCAUACUUGAAGCUAUUGAUCUACUAAGAAACCUUAAAGUGGACCUGGACCUGUGUGUGUCCCUGUAUUCUAUCUGCAGAUCAUCUUGGAAAGGUGGCAACCAUCAGGAAAAGCAGGAGAACGAUCCUGUGGGUGGGGAGUUUGGUGCAGUCAUUACAAUCAUCAUACUAUGUGGUCCAUAG